AGCGCAGCGUGGUUAAACCUUGGAUACACAGUGCGAGAUAAGACCGAGCGAUUUCGGCACUGGUACACGUGACGAGGAUUUUCCAUUCUGCAGAGAAUCCCACGAAAACAAAAAACCUAGCUAUCAGAUCGAUGGGAUCGGUGAAAUAAUCUAGAGCAUCUUCCCCGCGAAAAUGCGAAAACGCAUACAAUGAAAUUAAUAUUAUACAAUCCCAGCGAAUCGGUGAAAAGUAUCGGAUAUGGUAGAGGAAAACAUUCCGCGAGAAAACUACCUGGGAGUAACAUAACGAAAUUUCGAUGGAACCGGCAGGUUCUUCCCCUGGUCCUUGUAACAAGAUCGUUUUCACGGUUGUAGAAGCACAGACGUUGCGUAAACGUGGAGCAACGUCCACUUUGUGUUCGAGGUACAAAAAUAACGACAAUGGUGGAUCGAUCGUGCUCUCGUAGCUGAUGAACGAAAGAUCGUUGAUCGACCGGCGUUCUUACCUAUUCCUUUUCAACCCCUUUUGACGAAGACGUCGAAAGAUAUGCCUGAAACGCGAAAAAGAAGUUGCAACCCUGACUCGAGUACGAUCUUUACGACUGUUUUCACGGGUGUAAGAACACGAGAGGGAUUGCGUAAGAGAAGAAUCUGCGGCAUCGUAGAAACGAAUCCCUCCCCUACCUCCUUGGGAUCUUCUCUUUCUCCGUUCGUCCGGUGUGGGAGCCCCGGAAAAGAGGGGCUCUCAAGAACCCCCCCUUGUUUCUGCUCGAUCUCUAAAGCCAUAUAUAUACCACCACUUCGUGGUAGCAUCCUUCGAGAAAGAAACUUUGCCCGUAACACCGUGGAGACCGAACUUGCAAGCAGAGGUCCAGCGGAUCGGGACCGGUGAGUGCAUUGUGCCAAGAUCCGAAAUCGAAACUCAUCCUAAGAUAAAUGAACACCACGUGGAAGGACACUGCGGAUUAAGGUGAUUGGAUCUUUUACGAAACGAUGAUUUCGCGGUACCAAGUUUUGUGCGCGCUGCUCCUAUUCGGCGCUGUUUUGCUGUACCAAGCGAUGGCGCAAGUAGACGGCUAUACACCUGGCGUGGAUUAUCCGAUCUACGACUCGGUACCUUUCGGCCUUACGUUUACCUGCGGGGGCAAGUUACCUGGUUACUACGCCGAUCCUGAAGCUAGAUGUCAGGUCUGGCAUUGGUGUUUGCCAAAUGGGCGUCAGUUCAGCUUCCUCUGUCCAAACGGCACAGUUUUCAGCCAAUCGGCCCGUGUCUGCGAUUGGUGGUUCAAGGUUGAUUGCAACGAUUCGCCGAGAUUGUACGGUAUCAACGACGACCUGUACAGAGAUGUGAACGGGAACAAGAUCUAACGCUCUGAUUGUAAAAUCUGUGAACAUUUAAACGCGUGUUAACAAAGAGUAUAUUUCUGUGUACAGUUUCUUCGAGACAAGAGAGUAUUUCAAUAGAAGCGAGAUUCGUCCGACGAGUUGUGAGUUCCUAGCUUGCCGGCAGAGAAACGAGUGAACAGAACGCUGUAAUAUUCUCAGACGCUAAAUCACACGACGACGAUCGAUCGCUACAGGCUGAUCGAACUUUUAGCUAGGUAGAGUUUCAUCGCAGGUGCUGAUCACUUCCAUAGAACAAUGAAAAAUCUCUGUAUCUUCCCACAAACCAUCCGAAUAGUUUUAACCGCCUUAUAACAGAUUCGAUUCUUCAAUAAAGAACAACAGAUGCAUUAA